GUUUGUUUGAAGGCCGAAUAGAAAGAAGAAGAUAACCUCGAAUAAUUGAAAUUGACAAAGAAAGAAAGAUGCUUCAACGGCUCUUAAUACAGUUAGUAAUUUGAAAGUGUCUUGUAAAUAGGUAAAAAAUAUAUUGAAUCUUAUUGUGAUAAUUAAUUACGAGAAAUUUUAUUUUACGCAUACGGUAAUUAGUAAUGGAUAUGCUGGAAAUUCUUCAAGUGGGCUCUAGUAUCAACAUAAAACGGACAGAUGGGCGAGUACAUUCAGCUGUUGUCGCCGCUAUCAACAAUGAUUUGCGAUGUGCGACUGUGGAAUGGUUCGAACAAGGUGAAACUAAAGGAAAAGAAAUUGAUAUGGCCGCAAUAGAAUCUUUAAAUCCGGAAAUCGUCAUCCUUCGACAAGGAGAAAAACCUACUAAACAGGAUCGGACCAUCACACAGGCACAAUUCAAUAAAUUACAACGGGACCCGACAAGACAAUCUAUCGCCAGUGUCAAGCAAAAUAACGAUAUAAAAUCGGCUCAUCAAUCCCGGGCAACAAUGAUACCCAAUAACGGUCACACGUUGACAUCCGAACCCAAAGAAAGUAACAUACCUACGAGCAGGAUGUCCACCGCUCAAAAUUCAAAAAGAAGUAACGUAGUUAAGGAAGUAGAAAAAUUGAAGAAAAACCGAGAGGAAAGGCGGCAAAGACAAGCCGAGGAAAAAGCUGAAAAAGAAGCAUUCCUUCAAAUGGCUCCCGGUAAUCCGCAUUGGGAAUUGCUCAAUAUGAUACAGGAGUACCGUCGAGGUAUAGAUAUAAAACCGUUGACAGAAAAUGACCCCAUAGAAGAUCAUCUAAUUACCGUAUGUGUAAGGAAACGACCGUUAAAUAGAAAAGAAAUAGCCAGAAAAGAAGUAGACGUCAUCACAAUACCCAGUAAGAAUCAAUUGAUUGUACACGAACCAAAAAAUAAAGUAGAUUUAACGAAAUACCUUGAAAAUCAAAUGUUUCGAUUCGAUUAUGCCUUUGAUGAAACGUGCUCAAACGAACUGGUCUACAGGUACACGGCGCAACCCUUGAUAAAAACCAUAUUCGAAGGGGGUUUCGCCACUUGUUUCGCGUACGGGCAAACGGGAUCCGGUAAAACUCACACGAUGGGCGGCGAUUUCGUCAGCGGCAAAAAUCAAAAUUGCGAUAGAGGAAUAUACGCGAUGGCGGCCGCCGACGUCUUUCAAUUGGUCAAUUCCCCCAAAUAUCGACAUCUAAAUCUCGUCGUGUCCGCCAGUUUCUUUGAAAUAUAUUCAGGUAAAGUUUUCGAUCUGUUGAACAACAAAGCGAAAUUGAGGAUAUUGGAAGACGGUAAACAGCAAGUUCAAGUUGUCGGACUCGAAGAAAAAGUCGUUUACAACGUACAAGAAGUACUCGGUUAUAUCCAGAAGGGUAAUCAAGCUCGUACAUCGGGACAGACCUUCGCCAACAACAAUUCCUCGCGAUCCCACGCCGUCUUUCAAAUUUACCUAAGGGCCAGCAACAACAUGUCCAAGAUUCACGGUAAAUUUUCCCUAAUCGAUCUGGCUGGUAACGAAAGGGGAGCGGAUACUUCGUCGGCCAAUAGACAGACCAGAAUGGAAGGUGCGGAAAUAAACAAAUCAUUAUUGGCGCUGAAGGAAUGCAUUAGGGCCUUGGGUCGCAAGGGCGCCCAUUUACCGUUUAGAGUUAGCAAACUUACGCAGGUGCUGAGAGAUUCUUUUGUGGGAACGAGUUCGCGCACUUGUAUGAUAGCGAUGAUAUCGCCGGGGGUGAAUUCUUGCGAACACAGCUUAAACACUUUACGUUACGCGGAUCGAGUGAAAGAAUUGGUAGCCGAAGAUUUACAGACAAACAGCGAAACAGACGAAGAACAAGACAACAACGGAGACUUGCUACAAUUGAGAUCGUUGAACGAACAAGACAUGACACCGGAAAUGCUCGAUUUACACCAGUUUAUUUCGGAAUUGGAAAUAGCCGAGGAGCAAAUGUUGGAGAACCACAAGCAGGUGAUUGACGGUUUGCAAGUGGCUCUGGUGAAAGCGACGGAAUUGAGGAGGAUGGCGGACACGGUGGCGUACGAUCAAGAAGCUUAUUGCAACAGUUGGAAGGAAUUUAUUCGAAAUUGUAUUUCGUUUUUCGUUAGGGCCGAAGAGAUCGUAGACGAUUAUAAAGAUAAAUUAGUAGCGGAAGAACAGCUCAGUCGAAAAACUAACAAGAGAAUGUGAAAUAAUUUUUGGUUACGAUUAUAUCUGAAUAAUAUUAUAAAUUAACGUAACGUAACUCGCCCACCGCCACCGCGGCGUUGCCACCUUUGAAAUUUCUAUCGAUUAAAAAGGGGCCGAAACGAUAAACGAGUUAUUGACGUCAUAGAUCUGCCUUUUAUUUUGUUUCCAAAAUUGUUACAAUGUAGAUUUCGUUAAUUUAUUUAUUUAUUUUUUAAAAAUGAUCGGAUACGGUUUUAAUACGAAUUUUUAUCAAAGACAAAAAUAUUUUUAUAUCGGACAUGUAAUUGCAAAUAAUUGUAUGUCUUUUCAUUUUAUAUCCUCCUCGUAAUUGGAGCUUUUUGACUUUUUUUUACUAUUUUUUAGAUUAAUCCUCCGUGACAUAAACUAUCGUGAAAACAAAACGUUAAUCUUUUUCCAGGAGGUUUUCAAAGUCACGUUUUGUACCAAACAUAUCCGUCGAAGGUACGACACUUACCGAAUACUUUUGUAAUAUCCAUUUGAGAUAAGAAAUUUCCGACAUAAUCAGCUGGUACAUUAUGCACGGCCUACAACCAGACCGUCACCUUUAUAAAAAAAGUGAAGAAGAGCAUUAGAGACGGUUUCUGAUUGGUGCAGCCGUCACUUCAAAUUAUAACCUCGGUGAUGUUUGAUUUUUGUUUUUUUUUCCUUAUUAAGUUAUCUUAAAAGCCUUGCCAGAUGUAACCCGUGUCAUUUAUGGUUCACCAAAUUGAAUAUUGAAUAAUGUUGCACUAAUAUCCAGAUAUGUUAGUACCUUUUGUACCACCAAUAUGUUGUUUGUCUCUUCAGACCUCUUAUCACCGUCGUCGUCUUCUUUUCUGAUAUUUUUGAAACUUGUAUUUAGAAAUGUUGUCUAACUUGUGCUUGAUCCAAGUUUCACACUGAUCUUCUUUUGGGAAUAAAGAAUCCUUAAUUCGUUGUAGCAGGUUUAGUCCCGGAUACCGUUCAAGAGUUUUCAGUGUCGUUUUUCGAUUGAUCGUCAUUACUGAGGGUCAAUCUGGAUAGCUUCGUUUGGUACUUGAGAUCUGACUGAUUCCUCAGCCAAAAAGAAUAUUUUUAGAAAGAUCUUUUUCAUCGCUCAUUUUCACGUUUUGUUUCCUAAUUAUCUAUAUUUCUGCAAAAAUUCGUUUCUAUCCAGAUCUGAUAUUUUAUCACACUUGUCCUUUUUUUCAAUCGCAUCGAUUUUGCUAAACUUGUAGUUUGGACUAUUUUCUUUUGUUGCUUUUUCGUUUAACCGCAAUUUUCCAAUCCUUUGGCUUUAUAUUUACCCUAUUAAGACUUUUUUUUCCAGUGACUAGCUCUACUUGACCCUGAACUAUAGCAUCCCCUUCUUCAACUCUUGGAACAGGGUUUUAGUUAAGGGACACAUAAUUUUCUUCAACAUUUUCUCGAUUUUUGUCAACGUUAUUGUCUGGAUUUUUUAAUAAUACAUAAAAAAAACAAAAAAAAAAGAAUUUUUGCAAAUACUCGGACGAUAUUUUGAUUUAAUUUAAUAAUAAUAUCGUGAAUUAUAUUUGUUUUUGAUAAUAUUUAUUUAAUAUACUAAUUGAUUAGCAAAGGGAUGAUGUAUUUGUUAACUAUAGAAAUUCGAUUAAAAUUUUCGGUAAUUAUCUAAAAAUCAUCCCUUUUCGACUUGGGGUUAAUUGAGUAUGGGAAGAUGUUGUAUGAAUAGUGUUGUUAUGUAGAACAUAACCCAACUUAAAAACAAUGACUGAUGGUCAAUUCCACCUUCCAUAUAUUGUGUAAUUACCUCCCUCUAAAUCCCCACAACGCCAAGUCUAUAGGCAGCGGGGAAUGAGCUUUAGAUAAUUACCAAGUUUUCUUUAUUUUUUUCGUUUUAUACUGAAAUAUCGAGUUUAGAAUCGUUACAUUACUCGAUAAAGUAUAAAAAUAGAAUAUAAUAUAAAUAAUUUUAUAAAGAUUAAAAACGGCGUUAAAGAAGAAAAGUUACUUUAUUAAUUUAUUCAAUUUUAUUAUUUAUUAUCAACAUCAUACUUUUUUUGAGUUUUUUGUCUAUAUCCCGUGUAUAAGAUCAUUUCAUUUGGUUAAUUACGGUUUAAAACAUUCUAAUUUUCAUUAUUUUAAGUCAUAAAAUCCCACUAUCCAUAAAAAUUUGAAUUUUUAUCAGUUUUUCUUCUAGUAUAACAUAAAUUAAUAAAAAAAUAAUUCGAAUAAAAAAAUCCACUUUUGAUAUGUUUCAUUAAAAAACCACCAAAAUAUAAUUUUUUCUUCUAUUAUUUAUUAUAUUUUCACAUUACCUCGUAUAAACUUUCAUUUCAAUGCUUGAUUAUAUAUUUUUCAUCAACCUUUUUCUAUUUACAUUGUGUCGAAUAUUUUUUGUUUGGAAAAUAAAAACUCAAACGCAAAAUAAUAAUUUAAAUCAAACAGCACAAUGGACCUCCUCUACUGCUUUUCUCCAACUCCUUUUGUUCUCUACCUUCUGUAAGUCUUCCAUAUCCUACAUGGACGUCUUCUUAUUCUUUUCGCGUCUUCUCCACUUUUAAAAUUCCUUUCUUCCAUUCUGGAUAAACACCCCAACCAACGCAGUAUUUUUGCCCUCACCCUGCUCGACCAUAUAACCUUUUAAUCUCAGCAUUCGUUGUUCUUCUUCUUCUUCUUAUUUAUUUUUUUUUUUUUGUUGAAAAGGAGCUUCUUAAAAUCCUUAUGAUGUUUUGUCCUUACGGAUUUGAGAUAUCGGAGGGGGUUAAAAUUAUUUUUUUAUUUGCAAUUUUCUUUCCUCUAUUCUCAUUAGUUUUGUUGAUUGCGUCUAUCCAGGUCUUUAUCUACUUUUGGUUCUUAUUUAUCCCUUUUCACAUGUCGCAUUCGAAUGGGGAAAUUAAAUUUUGGCCAAGAAAAUUAAAAAUUGUUAUAUACAUAUAUAUAUAUUUAAAAAAAAUCGAAAUCGUGUGAUUUCAAAAGUGGCAGCCGAAAAGCUUCUUUUUAAUUUGUGUCGUAAGCCUAUUUAGCCUUGGACUAGAGUGAUUGUUUUGGAAUCUAAACAUCAAACUAUAGGCGUAAUUAAUAAUCCAAUAAUAAAAAACUGCGACUGCGCAGUCUCCCUAGUAAAAGGGGACUCGAUUAGAAAGUUUUUUUUAUUAAAAAUCUCACUUUUCAAAGUAUUCACUCUAGAUAACUUUGUAUACUAAUUAUAUUUUUAAUUUGUUGUUUAUUAUCUUUUUUUAUAUAUUUGCAAUUAUUAAUUUAUUAGGUCUCUAAAAGUAAAUAAUUAUCUACAAGCUGUUCUAUCGAAAAUAAUUACAAAAAUAAUAACAAAAAAAACACUUUUAGGGAUGAUAAAUAUAUUUGAAAGUAUUCGAA